CCCUUGCGUCCGGGGGAAGGAUUUCACAACGUACCCGGAACUGUUUCCAAGGUUUCUACAGGUUUGGGACCUUACUCGCUGGCGGGUUCAGGGAACCAAGGCAACAGAGAUCUUCCCAGGGUCGCCAGAGCGCCCCCUUGUCCCGCCGCUUUGGGGUCACAGCUGUAGCGAUGGCGCGGGUGUCCCGGUCGCGCAGCCCUGAGGGCGAGGCCUCGGGCUCCGGGGAAAAACGUCGCAGUUUGUCGAAGAGCCCCAAGCCCAGCAAAUCCUCCCGCUCCCCGCGGGGCCGCCGGUCUCGCUCGCGCUCUUGUUCUCGCUCUGGUGAUCGGAAUGGCCUCGGCCAUCAGCUGGGUGGCCUCAGCCAAAGCUCUCGAAACCAGUCGUACCGCUCCCGCUCGCGGUCGCGCUCUCGAGAGCGACCCUCUGCGCUGCGCAGCACCCCCUUUGCUUCUGCCUCCUCGUCCGCCUAUUAUGGCGCCUACUCGCGCCCCUACGGGAGCGACAAACCGUGGCCCAGUCUCCUGGACAAGGAGAGGGAGGAGAGCCUGCGGCAGAAGAGAUUAAGUGAGAGAGAAAGGAUUGGUGAAUUGGGAGCUCCUGAAGUAUGGGGACUUUCUCCAAAGAAUCCCGAACCAGACUCUGAUGAACAUACACCAGUAGAGGAUGAAGAGCCAAAGAAAAGCACUACUUCAGCAUCUAGUUCAGAAGAUGAAAAGAAGAAAAGGUCUACUCAUUCAAAAGAAAGGUCCAAGAAAAGGAGAAAGAAGAAAUCAUCUAAAAGAAAACACAAGAAAUAUUCUGGAGACAGCGACAGUGACUCUGAUUCUGAAACAGACUCCAGUGAUGGAGAUACGAAAAGGAGAGCAAAGAAAGCUAAGAAAAAGGAAAAGAAGAAGAAACACAGAUCGAAGAAAUAUAAGAAAAAGAAGUCUAAGAAGAGCAGAAAAGAGUCCAGUGAUUCAAGUUCUAAAGAUUCCCAAGAAGAAUUUCUAGAGAAUCUCUGGAAGGAUAGAUCAAAGGCUGAAGAACCCUCAGAUUUAAUUGGCCCAGAAGCUCCAAAAACACUUGCCUCUCAAGAUGAUAAACCUUUAAACUAUGGCCAUGCUCUGUUACCUGGUGAGGGUGCAGCUAUGGCUGAAUAUGUAAAAGCUGGAAAACGUAUUCCACGAAGAGGUGAAAUUGGGUUGACAAGUGAGGAAAUUGCAUCAUUUGAGUGUUCAGGUUACGUAAUGAGUGGUAGCAGGCAUCGCCGAAUGGAGGCUGUGCGACUGCGAAAAGAGAACCAGAUCUAUAGUGCUGAUGAGAAGAGAGCCCUUGCGUCCUUUAACCAAGAAGAGAGACGAAAGAGAGAGAACAAGAUUCUGGCCAGUUUUCGAGAGAUGGUAUACAGGAAGACCAAAGGGAAGGAUGACAAAUAAGGAUUUUCUAAUUAUCUGGCAGACAUUUUUCACAACAAAAAGGAAGUCUGGGUUCUACACAUAUACAAAGAUUUUUGUGCUUUGAAAAAGCUUUACAGUGCUACUGUGCCUUCUAUUUAAUUCUUUCAGUCCUUCAAUAAAAAUAAACUGCUUAUUGAUAAUAA